AGCAAGAUGUGCUACAAAAUUCAAAGCCGUAUGCAGUGGGUGUGCGUGCUAAUGCUAUUUUGUUUGGCUGGACACACAGCUUGGGCAGCUUGUAAUGUUUGCCAAACAAAUCAAGUAGCCUGCAUGAACUCGACCUCGUUCUAUUUGUGCUUUGGUGAGGGCACACCCAACACUGAUAAUUUAUAUAGUUGCCUGGCUGGCUUUCAGUGCAGUGAUCGUGCUGCCAUCUGCAUACAAAAGAACGCUCAAGUGCCGCCGAGUUGUGGCGACACCUCGAAGUGCGGCCAGUGCAGCGCCCAUCGGAACUUCAAGUUUGCCUGCCAUAGUCGUGGAAUAUUUCAGAUGUGCGUGGGUGCUGCGCAGCCGACGGGUGUCUAUGGCGAAUGCCCCGCGGGCAAGGUGUGCGACGCCAAUAGCGAUGAGGUCUGCGUGCCUGAAGUUCCAGGACAAGUCCCAAACUCCAUGUAA